UACUACGACAAAGUGGACUUGGACAUCACCAACAAAGAAUGGGCAAAAAACCUCAGCUUCACAGAAUGUAACCUUUGGUUCUUCCCUUACUGUGAUAACAAGCACUACAUCAUGAUUUGUGUCAACAUCAAAGCAGAGAGAUUUGAAGUACUCGACAGUCUCCGUCACAAAGAUUUUGAAGAAUACUACAAACCAAUGGCAGAGAGGGUUGUCCAGUACGCAAUUAACUACAUGAAGACACAGUUUGCAGACAAGACAGUAAAGUGGGAAAGGUUUACCUGGUUCUACCUCGAGAAGGUUACACAACCAGAUGACAAGUCAUGUGGGAUGUACAUCAUCAGGUGGAUGAGACACUGGGAAGGUAAGUACAACAGUGCCCUGACCAAAGACUGGAAGAGGAUUGAUCUCAUAAAUGAAGAAAGGGAGUGCCUGAUGUUGGACAUCAUUCUUGAUGAAGACAAUCUUGAACGGGAUAGGAUCAUGAAAGAAUCAACAAAGUACUGCAACAUGAAGAACAAGAGGAAGAUUUGAAAGAAAGAAGAUGAAAAUUCUAUUAUGGUUUGUGUUAAGUAGUAGGAGGGUAUACGUAAGCUUUUGAGAACAAACUCACAAUGUUC